AAAAUUGAUUCUGAAUUAAUUCUGUUGGGUUUUCUUAGGAUGGUUCUGUCUGAGGCUAGGACAUUUUUGAUGUUCAGUGCCGUGACAUCUGAAAUCCGGUGUGCGCACUGACUGUUAAGUCAUACUGGUGAUUCGUAAUUUAAAAUGUGACCGUUUCACAGGGGGAAACUUUGUCUCCAGUCACAUGAAGUAGCUGACGCCGUUAGCUGCUCACAGACGGGCGCAUCUCAGCGGGGCGGCUGGGCUCCAGGAAGACGGCAGUAAAGCGACUAUCCCGAUAGAUUUUCUUACAGAUUAACCUACCAUGGCCGACCAGAGACAGCGCUCACUCUCUACCUCUGGGGAAUCACUGUACCAUGUUCUGGGGCUGGACAAGAACGCAACCUCAGAUGACAUUAAAAAGUCCUAUCGGAAACUUGCCUUGAAAUAUCACCCCGACAAGAACCCCGAUAACCCAGAGGCUGCAGACAAGUUUAAGGAGAUCAACAACGCCCACGCCAUCCUGACGGACGCCACAAAAAGAAACAUCUACGACAAGUACGGCUCGCUGGGGCUCUACGUGGCCGAGCAGUUUGGGGAGGAGAACGUGAACACCUACUUCGUGCUCUCCAGUUGGUGGGCCAAGCUGCUGUUCGUGGUGUGCGGGGCGCUCACCUGCUGCUACUGCUGCUGCUGCCUCUGCUGCUGCUUCAACUGCUGCUGCGGCCGCUGCAAGCCCCGGGCGCCUGCGGGCGACGCCGCCGACUUCUACGUGUCCCCUGAGGACCUGGAGGCGCAGCUGCAGUCGGACGAGCGGGAGGCCACAGACACACCCGUCGUCGUACAGCCCGCGUCGGCCACGGAGACCACCCAGCUCACGGCCGACUCCCACCCCAGCUACCACACCGACGGCUUCAACUAGGCCCAGGAGUGGCCGCGGUAGAGGCUAGCCCGGCCACUUCGCCCCUAGAGUCACGGACCGUAGUCACAGAGAUGGGGAGCGCGCAGCCGCCGGCCCGCCGGGGCCCUGCCCACCUCUGUGCCCGCCCGCCUGUCGCCCCCACCACGUGAAGUGCGUCGCAUGCAGUAUUCAAAGCAGUUUAGCUACGGUCUCCUCCCCCUUCUGUUUCCUCCUUUUCUAAUAGCAUGUACGGGUUCUGUUCCAUGUCUGUGCUGUGGACGUGCUGCGGCGUGACCGUGUUAACCAGACCGUGGAUCUUCCUUGGGGCUUACGAUGCGCUGCACCGACCACGGCUGCGUGCUGGGUCCCCGCCAGGCAGGCUGGGGCAGGAGGGGUGGCUCCUUUCCCUGGUGUCGGUGGGGGCCGGAGGCGGGUGCUGCCUGGCGGGGGCUGGGAGGUCCAGUCCGCACCGUGCUUGGCGGCGGUAUGGACGCAGGCAGAGCCUCUGGACGCUGUACUGGGAAGGAGCUGGCAUGUCCUCCCACUCUGCCCGGUCCCGUCAGCACUUCCGUGGUGUUGGUUUGUGCGGGUCUGUUUGCUUUGGUUGCUUGGCCUUGUGGCAGGGUCUUUCCCACGGGGAGGCUCGCUGUGGAAAGUGUGGGAGGCUCUGGUGACCGCAGGACCAUAUUUUCUACCUGGGCACGGCCUCGGUUUCCAUGUCACGUGGUCCUCGGGGCACACGCCCUCACCAGGCACUUCUUCUACUGCGCUCCCACCCUGUCCCCAAGCCACGAGCUGGACUGAUGGGGCCACAUUCCUCCGUCUCCUCCACAUUCCUUCAGGCCCACCUGGCCUUCUGGUGGUCCUUCCUGGACCUCUAGGAACCACAGAUGGUAGCAGUGACCGGUGUGCUGUUGUCAGAGGGGCUGACCGUCCAGGUCGCUGGUGGAGCGCGGCUGGAUAGCCCCGGGAAGCACCCGCGGGGAGCCCAGCCCUCUUCUCUGUGCUUCCCAGAGCUCAUACCCACCCCACUGGCCUUCGCCUGUUCCCUUCAGUCACCAUCGAUGGUUCAGGCAGAGCUAGAGAUGCUGGGUUCCUGGAGGAAGGACCAGCUGGACCAAAGGCACAGCCUGGUGCCCUUGGCUUGUGAGCCGGCGGCCUGACUGCAGACCCCACUCGCCAUUGUCUCAAGCAGAGCCUUCUGUGAACUGUGGGAAAUCAGUCCUUCUUGUCUUUGACCCAGAACUUGUGGGUGGUGCAUCUGCUGCAGGGGACGAGGAAACGGGUUAUGAUGGGCCCGUGCUGGCCCAGAGGUCACAGUGGCCCCCGCACCCCCAGCAGCCCUGAAUGUGGCGUGGCUCCCUGCUGGGCCUGCACUGGUCACCGGAGACCCAAGCGGUUUCCACAGAAGGAACCCAUGGCUGCUGGUGCGUGUCUCCUGCGUGUCCAGUAGGUGAAGAACGAGGAGGACCGUGUCGGCUCAGGCGCACCAGAGCGUGUUCCCAUGCCCACUGUUUCCACCACCACCAGCCCGCACCCCGCUCACCUGCUGGCCCUUGGCCCUUGUCUGCCCACCCACAGCUGUGCCGAGCGCAGGUUCUUAUCGGCCCGGAACGGGCUGUGACGGGAGGGCAGCCUCCGUGCAGAACGUGGACAGGCUCCGAGCGCAGUGCUGAGGGGAGGCGGGCUGUGGCCGGGUUGUAGCUGUUGCAUUUGUGGCCACUCCCAGGUCCUUGGGCAGGUUUGUGGUCCUUUGUUUGUUUGUUUUCUGUUGUUGUUUUUGGCUUUUGUUCAUUAAAAUAAUCAUGAAGACAUUCAGUGAGAGAGAAAAUUUGCACUAUGAUCUUAAAUUAUGCUAAAAUCAGACAUCAUGAAAGGAUAAGAAAUUCACUGACCCACCCUGGACAAGGGAGGAGGUAAGACCACAGGUCCAUCUUCUGUGCCAGUCCCGACCCAGCAACAAGAACGCAGCUUUGUGACGUUUCUGAAAAUAACUUUCUGACCUGUUUUUCACUGGAAUGGCCAAGAACCAAGUUCAAAGCUGGGACUUGAGGUAGCAAGCCUCCCCACUGCGGGGGUUCCCUGCAGCUCUGUGGCCGGGAAACCUCAAGGCCCACCACACAGGUCCGAGCGAGUCCUCGACGGGUGGCUUCCACGCGACAGAACGGGAAGCUCCUCUGGGGACCUGGGUUCAGGAGGAGGAGCAGGUCUGGAAGGUUGUCCAACCCGGGCUCCUGUAGAAUUUGUAAAAACUAAAUAAAUCAUGACAGUGAUGGUAACAACC